AGUUGGGGGGGGGGGGGGACAUGCAUGGAUGUGAACUCAGCCAGACUGGGGAAAGCCAGGAGGAAAAAUGAGGAAAGGAAGAUAAAUUAGGGGAAUUUAACUCCCAAAAUAACACUCAAAACAAUUGAAUGGGAUAAAAUUAUAGUUCCUUUAAAAAAAAAAAAACUUACAUUCUGUCUUAGAAUCAACACUGUGUAUUGGUUCCAAGGCAGAAGGAGCAGUAAGAGCUAGGCAAUGGGAGUUAAAUGACUUGCCCAGGGUCACACAGCUAGGAAGUAUCUGAGGCCAUAUGUGAACCCAGGACUUCCCAUCUCUAGGCCCGACUCUCAGUCCCCUGAGCCACCCAGCUGCCCUCUAUGUGAUGGUUCCCAAACAAAGAAUGACUCCAAACCAUGCCCUCCUGCCUGAUAGAAGACCUUUGGCACAGAAUCAAGCUGAGAAUAUUUGCCUAGGAAUCCCAAGGUAGUAGAAGCAACGCUUUGAAAGGAUUUUAUCAGAUUUUUUAAAGGGCAAUUUCUAGGAGAUUUUUGUUUGAAAUUGUUUCUUCUGGGGUUUGAAAGUCUUUUCAAAGCUUCUAUAUCUCCUAGAUUUUUGAGGCAAACUGAGUUUCAGAUGAAAAUGUAUUAUUCAUCCAUACCAAAUUGUCUCCUUGAAGUCCAAGAAAACCAGUAAUGACCUCUUCUGUGCUCCUAAAGGUGAAAACAGAACUUUUAAAAAAUAUCUUAUUUUCUGUCUUAGAAGCAAUACUAAAUAUCACUCUCAAGGCAGAAGAGUGGUAAGGGCUAGGCAACUGGGGUUAAGUGACUUGUCCAGGGUCACACAGAUAGGAAGUGUCUAAGGCCAGAUCCAAACCCAGGAUCUCCCAUCUCCAGCUCUGGCUCUUUAUCUCCUGAGCCAUCUAGCUGCCCUAUAUAAAGCUUUCAGAAAGUCAUUUUCUGGAGAAGCCAUGCCAGUGAUUCCCAAAAAUGGAUCACUCCCAAAAUGUCCUUCCCCAUUGAAGGAAAUCAACAUUCCCUCUUUUUCAUAAAUAAUCAAAGAAUGUCAAAACUGGAAGAGGCUUGAAAUACCAUCUAGUCAGCUUGCUCAUUUGACAAAGGAAGAAAACUAAGACCUAAAGAGAAACUGCAUAACAAACAAUAAAUACUGGAUUAAGGGGUAGCUAGGUGGCUCCAUGGAUAGAAAGCCAGAUCGAGAGACGAGAGGUCCUGGGUUCAAACCUGACCUCAGACCCUUCCCAGCUAUGUGGACCCUAGACAAGACAUUUUACUCCCAUUGCCUAGCCUUUACCACUCUUCUGACUUGGAAAUGAUUCUUAGUAUAGAAGGUAAAGGUUUAAAAAAAAACCCACCGAAUCGAAGUGACUUGACUAAUAUUACACAGCUCAUGGCAGGAUAGGGAUUGGGAGUAGAUUCUAAGUCUACAGCUUAAGUCUCAUAUUCUUUCCACUAAACCAUGUUGCCCAUUGAGCUGGUAUAAGGAAGAUUUUAUGGGUGGAUUUUGUUUCUAAUGCAAAUAUAGACAUUUAUAAAGAGAAGCUAUAGAAAAUUCUGAAGCAUAGACAAGUCUUAUCACAUGAUACGAGACAUGGGGAAAAUUAGAGCAAUGGUUAUUAUGAUGUACAGGAUGAGGAGAGAAUGUAGAAAAAUUGCGUAGGAUGGGUAGGGAAAUAUAAGAGCAAUAUGAAAGGAAAAAAAAGAUGUGUGUGGGUCUAUAUGCACUGGCUAGCAGGGGAUCUGCUGAGGGGAGUGUUCAGGAAUAGUUUGUGAAUUGGUGCCUGAGUUUGGGGCAGGAGGAAUUGUUUGGGAAUAGUUUGUCAUUGGGCACAUAGGUCUGGGCCAGGUGGUUUGGGGGUAGAGUGGUUCAGCUGAGGAUGAAGAAGGGGGCAGCAUGGGGUUGAUGGUCAUGUGUAUAUAGGAAGGGAAAAUAGAAUAUCACUGCUAGUAGUCACUGCCCUACUGUGAAAGGCUGAGCUCCAUAUUUGGUUCUGGAUGCUUUGGGGACCAGACACAUGAAGCCAAGUUAGACAGGAAAUGACAAUGUCUGGUAGCCAGGGAGAAAAGUGUGGAAACUGUUGAAAAUGACCAGGGGUAAACUGAUGAACCAACUGGGGAUGGUGUCAAUGAAGGCAGGAGUUUGAGAGCACAUAACAGCAGAAAUUAUAAGCAACCACUGAAAAUCUUUGAGAAGGAAAAGAGAUAUAUAGAAUAGUGCUGUCCUUCCUAGAAACUUAAACAAGGUGUGUAGGACAGGGAGAGAAUCUUCACCUUGAAUCACCGAUCAGAACUCUCCUCCAUUCCUUUUUUCUUUUUUUUUAAACCCUUACCUUUUGUCUUUGAAUUGACACUAAAUAUUGGUCCCCAAGUAGAAAAGUGGUAAGGGCCAGGCAACUAGGGUUAAGUGACCUGCCCAGGGUCACACUGUUAGGAAGUAUGAGUCGAGAUUUGAACCCAGGACCAUCUGUCUCCCGCUGAGCCACCUUGCUAUCCCCUCCCCCAUUCCUUUCUGCUGUGCACAGCUUAACUCCUCUAACUUCUUGAUGUGCCUAUUUCUUUAGAUCAGUAGCACUUUUUGUCUCUCUAUCAUAGCCAUGGCUGUCACCUUCCUUGGAAAUGAGUAGGGAUAGUGAGAACGACCCUGGAACAAUGAAGAAUUCUUACUCAAACUUCAUCAAUCUAUAGAGGAUUUUUACUGCUUUAUCCCAAAAGGACCAUGUUUAUAAAUAUAUGGACUACAUGGUUGCCUAAGUAGUGGGCCAGAGGAGACCCUACCCAGCACACCACUGUUCCCAUCUCCAUCUGUAAAAAAAUAUACUUUUCUAUAUAAGUCCUGAUGAAGGGACCUGCCAAAGGUCCCUCUUUGCUUUUGAAGACCUUUAGAACCUAUAAGAAGCCACCUUCCAAAAUCUUUCAUCAAACCCUUUUGGAAGAUUUCUUUUUGAUCUCUGCCCCCUCUGAAUUUUUGGGGCCCCCAGCAGCAUGGCAUAGUGGAUAGGACACUAGACUUCAAGUCAGGAAGGUUUGGGUUCAAAUCCUACCUCAAAUACUUACUAGCUCUUAACCUAAAUCACUUAACCUAUCCAUAAUUCAUUUUCCUCGCCUGUAAUAUUAAUACUAAUAAUAACAGGGGCAGCCAGGUAGCACAGUGAAAACAGCACCAAGUCUGGAGUCAGGGGGACCUCCAUUUCAAAUCUGGUCUCAGACACUUCCUCGCUGUAUAACCCUGAGCAAGCCACUUAACUCUGAUUGCCUAGACCUUGCUGCAUUUCUGUUUUAGAAUUGGCACUAAGUCAGAAGAUAAGGGUUUUGAUAAUAAUAUUAAUAGCUAGUUAAGAUUUGCAAAGCACUUUCUACAUGUUACCUCAUUUGAGGGUGGUGGGCUCAAUGACUGCUAAGGUCCCUUCCAACUCUGAAUCUCUGCUCCUAAAACCUUACUCUAUCUUGGUUUGUUCUCUCCCCAGCACUAGAAGGUUGUAAAGAGACCUGGAGAGAAGUACUUUUCCUGACUCAUUGGUUACAAUUUAAGAAAAUAUGCUUUUUUCCAUUUGUGUGGAUCUGUAUUUAUUUGGGUCAAUCCAUGGGAAAAUACCAAUGUCAGAUAGGGGGUGAGUGAUUUGUCCUUUUUCCUUAUCUGGGGAGUUAUUCAAUUGGAAAGAGUCUCCUCUCUGCUAUGUUUACUCAGUAUUCUCUCUCUGCAUUGUACACUCAAUUGAUUUGGGGGUUUUGUUUUUCCUUCUUUUCCUCCAACCUCCUAAUUAGUUCAGCUUCAAAACAUCCCUUAUCGUCUCCAGAUGUCAUAUCAAGUUCCACCAAUAGGAUCAGUCAUGUUAAGGUUUCCAUUAAUUGAUUUUGGCUCCCACCCUUGGGAAGCACAAGUUAAUUCUUCCCAUUAGGAGCAAUAAUUUCCCCAUUUAGAAGGUUGUAAAUCAUGCCUUCUGUCUGUCCAUCAUAGCCAUGGCUGUCACCUUCUUUGGUAAUGAGUAAGGAUAGCAAGAAAGACCCUGGAAGAAUGAUGAAGUCUUACUCAAACUUCACCAAGUCUAUAAAAGAUUUUCGGUGAUGGCCCUAAAAGGACCAAAUCUAUAAAUACAUGGACUAUACAGUUUCCUAAAUAGUGUGACCAGAGGAGACCCUGCCCAGCACUCCACUGUAUUAAAACCUGAACCUUUAUAAGCUUGGGCCUCUGCAAGAUGUUGGUCUUCAAGUCCCUUUCUUAAAUGUGCAUUAAUUUGGGUAUCUAAUAAGGCAUUUCUUUAAAUGGGUAACUCUCCCUGUUCUUCACUCGGUGGAAUCCCACCUAAAACAAACCAGCCAGGGAGAUUCUCAUCUUUGGUUGUCUCUGGUAGAGAUGAUCAUCAUCAUGUCAUAUUCUGCUUGGAGACAGAGGGGGUGUACAGGACAACCCCUGGAAAAUAGGGCUUCCUUCUCUACUCCCUGUGGAAAAUGAUUCAAAUUAUCAGGGAAUGAAGGCAAAAUGUGUUGGCAUUUGUGACAUUUCAUCCAGCAAGACUGAGCCUCAUUGCCCAAUUCUCUCCCUUGCUUUUAAAGUGGAAGGUCAGCAUAUAAGAUCGAACUUGUUUAAUAUAUUGGUUUAAUUUGGGGAAACUGAGUUUUCUUCCAUCUUUUUAGUUCUUUGCUUUAAGGGACAACUCUCUGGGAGGGCCAGGGAAGGAAUUUAUUAAGAAAUGUGGCUAAGGAAAACAGACACCAAUAAUUUUUUUUAAGUUAAGGGUCACAGGAGAGAAAUGAGAAAUGAAAACUUCUAUAAAAACUGAUCAGAGGUACUAGAUACUCCUGUCUCUCCCCGCACUGUCCCUGAGCACUACAAUCAGCUUUAUGCUUGCUUUACUCUGAUUUGUCACUCAGAUUAACUAUAAUCAUUGUUAUCCUCCCUCCACCUGUGCAGUCUUUUCACCUGUCUCCUACCUCUGCAUUCCCCCCAGCAACAGGUCUUUUCUCAACCCCAUUUCACAGAGAGGGAAACUGAGUAUAGCUGAGAGUCCAUACCAAUUCUUAACUCCUAUGGUUUGAGGCUCAAAGGACCCAUGUUUUACUAUCUGAAGGACCAGGAAAAGCCAGGGAGCUGAUGCAGCAAUCUAGCUAAGGCUAGAUCUGCCCUUGGUGAAAGGGGGAGUAAUAAGAUUGUUUUCAUUCUACUCUGCAGAAGAGGAAAGGGCAGGAUGAUUUCAGGAGAGCAGAAUCUCUCUAUUCCUGACUUACUCAUCAUGGAAGGACAUCCAGGUCAGGGGACGUCAGACCUGUUUGCAUUCAUGGCACUUUGAGCAGCAGGGCUGAGAUACACUGCACUGUUCAAACAGACUCCCCAGCCCAGCCAGCCAACUGUGGUGGGGAAGGAACAGUGCUUGAGGGGGGCCCUGCCCAGGAGGGCCAGGAAAAAGGUAAGCACUUGGCAGGGAGAGCACCUUCUCCACUUUGGUGUGGCCCCCACCCCUACUCCAUGUCCAGAGCCAUGGCUGGCUCAGGGAUCUAUGACUGGCGGGGCAGUUGGACACUGUCAUUACUGCUGGGCUAUCUCUGCUACCUGCUGCUGGGUGCUGCCAUCUUCCAACUCCUGGAGAAGCAGGCAGAAGCUCAGUCACGAAACCAAUUCCAGGUGGAGAAGCUACGCUUCCUAGAAAACUACACCUGCCUGGACCAGUAUGCUCUGGAAUGGUUUGUACAGGUCAUUAUGGAAGCCUGGGACAAAGGUGUGAACCCAACUGGCAACUCCACCAACCCCAGCAACUGGGACUUCAGCAACAGCUUUUUCUUUGCAGGGACGGUUGUCACCACCAUAGGAUAUGGAAACCUGUCCCCCAGCACAGAAGCAGGUCAAAUUUUCUGUGUCUUCUAUGCCCUAUUUGGGAUCCCACUCAAUGUAGUAUUUUUCAACCAUCUGGGGACUGGACUAAGGUCUCAUCUAGCCACAUUAGAGACUUGGGGGCAUCAGUCAAGACACUACCAGGUGGUACAGACCCUGAGCCUUGCUCUGUUCCUGACCUUGGGAACCUUUCUUCUCCUCAUCUUUCCCCCCAUGGUCUUCAGCCACGUGGAGGGCUGGAGCUAUGGUGAGGGCUUCUAUUUUGCCUUCAUCACCCUCAGCACCAUUGGCUUUGGGGACUAUGUUGUAGGCACAGACCCUAACAAACACUACAUCUCUGUAUACAGAAGUCUAGCGGCUGUCUGGAUCAUCCUGGGCCUGGCCUGGCUAGCCCUUGUGCUACCUCUGGGCCCCAUGGUCCUGCACCGACUCAUGCACCUCUGGCAACUGAACAAGGAUCCAGGCUCUAAGAAGGGGAUAGGUCCUGAGGCUGAUGGGCUCUCUCACCCCACCAAGCUCCCUAUAGCCAUAUAAGCUCAUGGAGCAAACUAUAAACCAAACAUCUUUUCUUCCCUUUCAGCCCCUACAUAGAUCACCUGUAGUAUAUACAAUCUCUUACACUGUCCUAAUGUUCUCUCCCUGACACUUAAUCUUCAUAUCCAUCCCUUCUGGGUCAUUCUCCAUGGGCUCUCCAACAAGAGAAAAGAAGCCUAGAAAGUCCAGGUAAACAAGUGAUGGAGACCCAAAAAAGAGUGAAGCACAAAAUAAAGAGACACACUCUCAUUCUGAUUCACUUGUCCCUCUCUCCAUCCCCUCUAGAAUUGUAUCUAGAAGUCAUCCUUUCAUUUUAGAGACCCCAUCCCCAACCUCUAGAAAGCUGCCUGACUCAGAGAAGAGACCGAAGACCCUCUCACCAAAACACAACCCCAUCACCUGACAAACCUGAAGCCCAAGAACAUUGCUCCUUCCCAAUGCCUGUUGAUUAAGCUUUCUUGACUCCUGUGAUUAGGUAACAAAAAUUAGUGCCUCAGUACCUGUCCAAACUGAAAGCAUUCUCUGUCCUGUUUCCCAGCUCUUGUGGGAAUGUACAAUGUAGGAAUGAUAAAAGUGUAUGUAUAAAAGAUUGUUGUUACCUCUGCUCUGUUUCUAGCUACUCCAGAAGAGCUAGACAAUUCAUGCCCUGAAGCAUGGAGCACUGUUCACAAACAAGCUUCUGAGUCCCAGGAUACCCAAGCAAAGUCUCCUUCUGGACCAGUCACCACCCUGCAAAUGCUCCCCCUUUUCUCCAUGCCCCAUAUCUACGUCUCCAUUCUUUCCUCUGCGUGCCUUGUUUAAAUACAUGCUCUCACAAAUCAUGACAUGACAAGACCCUUUCUAAGCAAUGCUCUUCCACAAGCAGGCAAUUCAAAUAACCACAGGAAACAAGCUGGAAGAGUACUGAGGGCCUCCAGAGUCUUUUCUCUCAUUGAAUGGGGAUAGAGAGAUGUUCUGUAGAUGAGAGAACAAUGUGAUAACUAGCUUGGAAUAAAAGUCAUUUUGCCUAAGGGCAAAGGGAUGGACUAGACCCAAGUGCCUCAAAUGAGAGUCCUAGAGUAGUGCUCU